GAAACUAGCAAGCGGUCAGUUAUACACAUUUGUCGACAGACAGAACAGUACAUACCACGGUCUUUGAUGUACCAGUCGUCGGGACACUGGUUGGAAUGGGGGGGGGGGGGGGGGGGGAGGGAGACCGCCGAGAACACACUCGAGAUCCCGCCCCUUGAUCCGCUCCUCCUAUAGCGCCCCAGACUAGCGCUCUACCACCAAUCUCCUUACCUCCAUGCGAACUUGUACAUCCUGUCAGAACGGUGUUCCUCGUGUGAGACAGGUUGACGUUUUCUCUCGAUGUUCGGACACACUUAAUUAUCCCGGGGCAGGUUGCCUCAAGAACAUGCUCAAGACAGCUGGAAUUCAUAAAGAAAGAAAACCGGUUUUUGUAACACACCACACACACAGACCAAGUUAUUGUGAGGGAUUAAGGCGAAAUGUCGACAUGCUGCCCACACUCCCGAUAUUUAUGAUCGAAAAUACAACCGUUCACUCUGGGAAUAACAUGGAUUUAGCAUUUCAGGGCCAACACUCCCCGGUCUACUUCUCCCCAAUUAACGGAGUUCCGCCGGAACCCCCACAGGAUUAUCAAGAGGAUCGAGACUGCACGAAAGGUUCCUCUGUGUAUUCUACGAGAGUGGUUAACAUUACGAACACGGUACGUCUGAGAGAUCAUCAAAUACCGUCUACGGAGUAAAACAAACCAUCACAUGAUGGUGCAGGACGAUCAGACUAUAGUGGAAGAUGAUUACAAGAUGGUACUAGACGAUCACAGAAUUGUGUAAGACGAUCGGAGGAUAGUGCAAAACGAUUUCAAUUUAGUGCAAGACGAGCCUACAAAAAGUAUAAUGAAAGGUGAUUAAAGUAUAGUGAAAGACAUUCGUGAAAAACGUUCGUGGAUUGUCAAAUGUGAGAGUGGUUUAACAGCGUCAACAACAUUGGUGAAUUGAGAAAUGUUAGGGAGUGUUUUAGUAUGGUGACAAACAUUCGUAAAUUGCCAAAUGUCAGAGUUUUUUGGUAUGGUGACAAACAUUCGUAAAUUGCCAAAUGUCAGAGUGUUUUGGUAUGGUAAAAACAUUUGAUAAUUGCCAAAUUUCAGUGUUUUAUUAUGGCGAGAAACAUUCGUGUAUUGCCAAAUGUCAUGGAGUGGUUUUAGCGUGGCCAAAACAUUAAUGAAUUGCUAAUUGUCGGGGAGGGGGCGGGGCGGGAGUAGCGGCGUCAAAAACAUGUGUGAAUUGCUCAAUGCCAUGGAAUGUUUUAGUACGGUAAAAAACAUUCGUGUAUUACCAAAUGUUAUAGUGUUUUUAGUAGGGUCAUAUACAUUUGUUAAAGACUAACCUACAAACUUGAGAUAUAUAGUAUGUAUAAGAUGUGAAUAUAUAUAUAUAUAUAUA